AACCGAAGAAGUGAAGAACGCAGGAAACAACCCUGUAACUCCAGUGCACUAGAUCCAGCGUUAGUUGAAUGGAAAGUAGAUGUCUCACUCUGAUUUGCUUGGGGCUGUUUAUUUUACAGUAAAGCGUUGGAGUCGUGGGUUUAAUGUGAGCUCUGUGUUUGACAAGCGUGUGCGCGGGGUGGUGUCUUCAUUGAGCCGCAGCGUCUUAUAGCCUAGCAUUCUUAGCUAGUCUGUUAGCUUGUUGACAUCAAAACAGUUCGAUUUAAAAGAUGAAUUUGGUCAAAAACAGAACUUUGCACCCACAACUGCGCGACGAGGAAACUCUGUUGGUGGAAAACGCCAUCCGGUUGGCGAUAGACUCGAUAAUAAACGUGCUGUACGGUGUCAACAGCGCCAGGACUCACGAGUACCAGCGGAUGGUGGCGGACAGGGACAAAGAGAUCCAGCGGCUGGAGUGCAGGCUGAGGGAGAUAGAACACGAACUGCAGGUGCUCCGCAGACAGGGAUGCACCUGCGGGUUGUUUGGAAACGAGCACAGCCUCGCGGGGUCACAGGCCUCCGGUGAGCGGCAGAAGGGAGAGCAGAGCGGGUUUGAACCAGGUUGCAUGGACACCGAGAUGACAGCAGGGCAGCAGGAGUGUGAAAUGAGCAUCUCCUUGGGUCUUUUUGGAAGACCCCCCUCACAUGUCUCCUCCCAAAGCCAGGAGUCAGUUCCUCCAUCAUCCCCCAGCAGAAUGUGCCUGGACCAAUCCUGCACCUCCCACUCCUCAGAGACUUCAGGUGUAUCAGAGGCAGCCAGAAAUCUGCCUACAUCUCCCAGCAGCCUCGUAGUCAAAGAAGAGCCCUGCGAUAUCGACACAGUUUUAAUCAAGUGGGAAAUGAGUGAGGAGAGAUUCGGGGAGCAUCAGGAGAGCACAGGCAGUACAUGUCAGGACGAAAGCAGCCCAAAUCUAAAAAAAAAACAGGAGAACAGAGAGAGAAAAAAUUUCACGGAGAAACCUCAAGCCGACCCAGACGGACAACAAAUCACAGAAGGAGAACAUCUGAGUUGGAACAAGAAGAAGACGGUGCCGAUGUCCGAGCUGCCGGAGGAGGCUCAGAGACAGAAGAGGGCAGCCUGGAGAGCAGCAUCCAGGCGGUACUACGCCCGCAAAAUAGCCCGCCAACAGGCGAACCCCUCCCGUGCCGGCCCCUUUCCCCACAUCUCAACGGCUCAGUAUUCACAACCCAUGUCUUUUGUGGAUAAGAGGAGGAGGACGCUGAUAUCAGAGUUACCUGAAGAGUCUCAGACGCUGCAGAGGGAAGCGUGGAGAGCGGCGUCCAGGAGGUAUUACGCUCGGAAAAUGGCUCGCCACCAGACCAACCCCACAGAGUACGGACACCUGCUUCAGACGUAGAGCCGUCAGUGGAGGAACAAUGUGCAGCUGAUAGAGAAAUGAUGCUUUUAGGGAUUCUGCAGAUUUACAGCUUCAUUUUGUUAUGUUGUGUAAAACACUGGACUGUGUGAAUGUUUGUUCAUAUUUAAUGGUUAAUUUGUACUGAUGAUGUUGAGGUUCGUCUCAGGUCUCAUGUUAUGGUCCAAAUAGUUUGAAACUGGUGUUUUAACUUUAAUGUUUUAACAGUUUUUUGUGUUUCUUCAUGGCUGAAUUAUGCAACCAAUAUUCCUGAGAACAACACUGCAUCACAUCACAUGUGGCUGUAAUUUUUCUUCUCAUGACAGUUUUCUUCGGCACACCGCAUGCCUGCACAAUAUGCUGACUGCAUAACUGUAUUUUGAGGCAAUAUAAAGCUUUUGUACAAUAUUAACUCAUGUUAACAGCCACUGUGUCAGUGCAGUGCCCCUGGAGUUCAACGUGUGUAACUACAAUCAAGGCAUCUAUAUUGGUCAAAUUCUAACUUCAACAUCUUUGUGUUGAUAACAGGAGAAGAAUUUGUUCAUUUUUUACUUGUAAUAAGUUAAAAAAAAAUCCUGUUCUCCUUUUGAACAUGUAAAAUAAUAAA